GCUGUGGGUGGGAUCGAACCGUGCAGUCAGCAAUUCCCAUUCUCCUGGAGGGAGGAACACAGGCGUCGGGAGGGUGGAGGGAGUAAAGGGACAACAUGGCCUGACUGUGCUGUAUUUGUGGAGGUUUGGGGAGAGGUGCGGUCUGAGCAACUCAGGAUGCAGCGGUCACUGAGUCAGCAGCAAAGUGCAUUGACGCUGCACGACUCUGUGGGGUUGUUCAAUAAAAGGAAGAAAGCUUCUAUCCUGGUGACCGGUGCCCUUCUUAUCGCCUCAGUGUUGAUUCUGACUGUCGGCUUGGCAGCCACUACAAGAACUCUGAACGUUUCAGUUGGAGGAUAUUACCCGGGUGUCAUUCUGGUGGCCUCGAUGGUGUUCAUCAGUUUUGGUGUAGUGGCGUCUUUCUGUUGUGCCAUUGUUGAUGGUGUAUUUGCUGCCAGACACAUUGAUAUCAAACCCUUCCAUGCAGGGAGAUGUCAGUAUUAUUCCAGUGAUAACUCAUAUCCUUCAGAUGACUACAGUGUGGAGGUGACGUGCCCGAGUCAGUCGCGUGCUCCCUGCAUACUGAAAAUAAAGAGCAAUACCUGUUACUGUUGUGACCUUUAUAAAUGCGGCAGCCGAGAAACAUUGGGUGGCUACUACGAAUAUAAUGAUGUCGGAAGCUGCCAAGAGGUUAUCCACCUGUAUCACUUGCUGUGGUCAUCAACAAUCCUCAACAUUGUCGGCUUGUUUCUUGGGAUUAUCACAGCAGCAGUCCUUGGAUCCUUUAAAGAUAUGCAGACACCAACUGCUUCUCGGAUCACCUAUGCACCUGAACCUCCAACUCCACCCAUAAUGUAUGAUCCUGGACAGCAGGUACUAGCCUACACAAACUUCUAUCCUGGGCCUCCACAUCUGCCACCUUACAGCCCAUAUGAUAUUCAGCAUCCCAGUAUAUUCUCAGCCUCCACGCCAUCUGAUGAUUCACAGUCUAUUUCACAAUCUGCUUCAAGUUACAUGUGGCCGCCAAACACUCCUCCUCGCUACUCGCCAGCGUACUUCCCACCCGAUGAAAAGCCACCACCCUACACACCAUAGAUCUCUCCUUAUUUUCGUCAUCAUUACAGACUUUGAUCUUUUUGAAGACCUUCAUUGCAAAGGCAUCGUCCACACAGAUCACUUUGUGAUCUCCAUGUGCAUACUCUUACACACAGUGAUGUGUUUGUAGAAACUCUUCUGUUAAAACCAAACCAUAAACAUAUCAUUCUGCUACUUGUUAAGGGUAUGUUAAUCCUAAUUUGUUGGAAAAUGAUGCUGUUAUACUUUAGGGUGUAAUUAAAAGAAAUCAAAAAUUUGGAAAGCUAUACCAUUAGCACUAUCAGAUCAACCAUGAUCAAAUUAAAUGGUCGAACAGAAGUAAGGGGCUGAAUGGUCUACACCUGUUCCUAUAAUCCAAGAUUGCUAAUUUAUCAUUUAAGUUGUGCAAAUAUAUAAUUUAAA